GUUACAGCAACCAAUAGGACGAAGGCAGCGAAUUUAAAAAGGAGCCGCGGUCGGUUGUCAACAUUACAGCUUUAAAUGAAAAUAACCUCCUAGUCUCUCAACAAGGAGCAACAAGCCUUUCAGCACAGAUAAGAUACAAUGGCCAACAUAAUCUUUGCAGAGCGGGAAAAUGCAUGUCUUCAUGCACCUACACAUAAGAUGCGACAGCGACUUCAGUCGGCUCCGGAGAAACUUUUGAAAUCUCCAAUGAUUGCCAAAACCUUAAACACUCCUCUGCCAUCUGGCCGUAAGGCUUUUGGUACUGUCAACAAAAAAAUCUCAACCCCUGCAAUCAACACACAAGAGAAGAAAGUCCUAAAGCCACAGGAAACUAAAGUCAAACCUGCUCCUCACUCCAAAGUGGAGGAAUAUCCAGAAAUUGAGAAGUUUAUCCCUUAUGACCCACUAGAGUUUGAGAAAUACAGCAUACCUGAAGAUUUGGUUCCUCUCAGUGGCUUUGCUCUGCCUGGACUAGCCUGUUUCCCAGAAACUCCACAUCUGUGUGAGGAUGACCUGGAAAAGUUGGAUCCUCUCCCAAACCUGUCACCUGAAAAGAUGCCAAGACGUUCAGAUUAUUGCUCAGAGCUGGACGCCUUUCUUCAAACACUCGAUGAGCUGACUGUUGAGCUUCCUCUGGAGUCUGUCAUUGACUGAAUGUUUAUGCAUGUUUUUGUUAUGACUGUUUUCUUUUUACUGAAAUAAAGUUGUUUUAUCGA